AUGUCGUGGAAAAUCCGAUGGGAAGAGUUGGACGGCGAGGAAUCACAGAAGAAAGAGAAAAAGAAGGCAAAGAAGAAGCGUUCGGGAGCCUAUUACCCCGAAUCUGACCCACUUCUUCGUUCGAACUCUCGCGGCAGUGUCAGCAGUGAUAAGUACGAUGAGGAUAUGCUAGCCCCAAUGGCUAUGCGAAUGCGUUUGCGUUCGUCCAGCUCCGGUGCGACUCGUAAAAUCUCAGCAAUGAUCGACAGAAAGUUCAGCAUUUUCACAAGAAAGAAGAGCUCCCCGAAUCAGGAUAAGAACGGCGGCAUCGGCACUGGUGUCCAUGGAAAUGUGCUGAAGGAGGUUGAGUCGGGCGAGUGCUCUCCAAUGAACGAAGUGCAAUUCCGACUACCAAACGAUCGGCGCAUCUCUUCACCAUCUGGGGAUUCUGAGUGUAAGAAGAAGAGCAGCGCUGAAGAUGACUUCGAAGUUGUGGCGAAGAAGAGCCUCAGCCUGCGGAAUCGGAAACUUUCGUUCUUCGGUUCAAUCAAGAGUGGCAGGCUCAGGUGA